AGAGGAAGCGGAAGUGUCAGAGCAGGCGGAAGUGGUACUGCCCUGAAUACCCUGAGCAGCGAGCGGAGGACGGCUUGACAAACUCACAUCGUUGAGAGAAUAAAAUCGGGAUUCCUAGUACAUCUUAAAUUCUAAAAGAUGGAUAAGAGCGACCUGGUGCAGAAAGCCAAGCUGGCAGAGCAGGCCGAGCGCUAUGACGACAUGGCGGCUGCCAUGAAGGCUGUGACAGAGCAGGGCGCAGAGCUCAGCAACGAGGAGCGCAACCUGCUCUCUGUCGCCUACAAGAACGUGGUGGGGGCACGCCGUUCAUCCUGGCGCGUCAUCUCCAGCAUCGAGCAGAAGACGGAGGGGAACGAGAAGAAACAGCAGAUGGCCCGUGAUUACCGUGUGAAGAUCGAGGGUGAACUUCAAGAAAUCUGCAAUGACGUGCUGAGCCUGCUCGACAAAUUCCUCAUUCCCAACGCAUCUCAAGCGGAGAGCAAGGUGUUCUACCUCAAAAUGAAAGGAGACUACUUUAGAUACCUGUCAGAGGUGGCCUCUGGGGACUCAAAGAAGAAUACGGUGGAGAACUCUCAGAUGGCCUACCAGGAUGCCUUCGACAUCAGCAAGAAGGAAAUGCAGCCAACACACCCCAUCCGGCUGGGCCUAGCCCUCAACUUCUCCGUCUUCUACUACGAAAUCCUCAACUCGCCCGAGCAGGCCUGCUCUUUGGCUAAGCAGGCUUUCGAUGAGGCAAUCGCCGAGCUCGACACCUUGAACGAGGACUCGUACAAAGACAGCACGCUGAUCAUGCAGCUACUAAGGGACAACCUCACUCUGUGGACAUCGGAAAACCAGGGAGAUGAGGGUGAGGCCGGCGAUGGAGAGAACUAGAGCGCACUUCACUGUUAACCCAUCCCCACACUCUUCUUCCUCUUCCUCCUCCUCCUUUUAUCUCUCUUCCUCUUUCUUCUCUACUUCCUCCUCUUCGUACACAUAAACAGCCCGUUCAUUCCCUCGUCCCACUUUUUCAGUCCCAGCCUCCCGACUUCCCUUCUGUAUAACCAACAGCAUGAAUAGUACCUGCCCUUCAGACAAAUAUUAAAAACAGAUAUGAGAGGAGGACCCCCCCCCCCCCCCCAGAAAACUACUCCUUCACCCCCACCAUUUAAUCCAUCCCUGUCACCCUCCCUCGGUCAUGGCACUCCAAUGCAGGCCAGCAACUAAAAACCACUGGCCAGUCUAGUCUUAUAGCACGCGGGGAGGGUUUUUAUCCAGAACCACCAAAUAAAUUAACGUCUCCUAGAGCCCACAUUCGCCUCUUAUCUUUCUUUCUUCAUUCCACUCUUCCCCUCACUUCCUCCUCCCUAACAUCUCAGUCCCUUCCCUCCUGACCCCACUCCUCUCUCUAGCGAGUUAAUGCAUUUAUAUAGUUGUCCAUUCCUUCUGUUUUGGCUUUUCUUAGUGUACUGGCAAAAAAUGGCUGGUUUUAUUCCACUUUAAACAAAAACAAACAAACAAAGGUUAUUAAACUGUCCAUUUAUUUUCAACAAACACUGUGAUUGCUUAGUUUUUCCUCCACCUUGCCACCAAGAGUCCUUGUUUGAUGGCAAAAUCGAUAUUGAGCUGGGAUUGGGGGGCGGGAGUGGCGGGUUGGGGGGAGGGAGUGGGAGUGGGGAUGUGCGUGUGUGUUUCGGGCAGCAGUGCAAUUCUGCUGAAGCUUAUACAGAAGGGUCCUCCUUACAAGGCUGUAUUGUGACACUGACAAGUCUAAAGAGGAAAAAAAAAAAAACCCCCAAAUCAAAAGCGCUUCACCUGCCGCGUAAUCAAACACUCACCUGCUUUUGUUUCUCUAAACCUGCAGUUUUUAUUUAACAAUCCCUGCGCUGGGCUUCAAAGAAAAAUGAUUUGGAUAAUGAUUAAAAGCAAAAGCACAUACAUUCCACCUUCACGUUUGACUCAAUUUAGGAUAUUUUCCACCGCAAAAUGGGACGACCCCACCCCACCCUCCACCUGCUCCUGAAAUCCACCUCCUGUCGGGUGCUGUUGAACAUCGAGUACUACUGUCCCCCCCUCGGUUAUAAACACAUGUUCAUUUACCUUUGCAAAUGCUUGGUUUUUUUUUUUUCUUUCUGUCUUUUUAAUUACUUUUGUGUGUUUGUAUAACAAAUCAAACUAAUCUUUGUGGUUUUUGGAGACUGUAAAAUUGUAAAACAUUUUUAGAGCUUAACUGUAAAUCUGUCUUUUGGAAAACAAAACGGUUUUGUGGAUCUUGUUCGUUGAACACAUGCUUGCAGAGAACUUUUGAAGCCGUUGCAGUGAGCUGCUCUUUCACGCUUGGGCUUUUUUUUUUUUUUUUUUCUCCUUUCACCCAGUCACUUUUUUGUUUAGUUUUUUUUUUGGUACUUAUCCCCUUACACCGUCCCCAUCCCAGACCCCUCGCUUCCCUCUGCGCCCUCCUCACUGCUUGCACGGGCAAGUUCAGACAAGUUCUAAGUUUCCACUUGCUGCUGAAUAGUGUGAUCGACCAGCAAGAAUGCACGCUUUCAUUUAUCGCAGUACAAAUCUGCUGUGGCAGAAAUUGUGCACUCUGUGGUCCGACCCUUAAACUCGCUGCUUCCUCAUUUCUUACCUGAUCGUUCCAGGUGAGCUGCAGAAGAAAAAAAUAUCAGUAAGAUGGACCUAAAAAUACAAAUCAGACUUGAUUGUGAAAUUCUGCUAACAACAUGCAAAAAUAUUUGGCCUUUUUAAGCUUGAAACUAAAAUGAGAGUUAUUAGAGAUGUAAACAAAGGAAGCAUUGUUUUUAAAUGUCACCUGUGGUGCAGUUAGAGUCCACAACAGGUGCGCGUGUGGGAGGGAGAACACGUAGUUCGGACCCGUUUUGCUAAGCAUGCGUACAUGCCGAGGCAAUCUAAAGAUCUGUCCACUGCAUCAGGAGGCAACGCUCAGUCAGCAACUUACGGUACAUUUUCUAGCUCAUUUUCCAGUCUCACUCCUGGUUUUCCUUUUUGGCAACUGUUUCCUCCCAGUUUUUGCAGUCAAAUACCAAUAUACUGUUCGUGCUCUGAAGCAAGGCAAACCCCCACAAUUGACCCCCGUUUCUAGACAGAUGUGAUGAAAUAUCGGCGGACGUCAGCUAACCAGAAAUCCUGUUUUUGUUUUGUUGGUAGCCCUGCCCUUCCCCCCGCUCAGUGUCACAAUAACCUUGUCAUCAACCAUCUCGACAUUCCACUCUGUAGGUGUAGAGAAGUCAUACGUCUCAAUGUUUUUGUUUUACUUUACUUUGCUGGGGACACAUGUUUUCAUGCACUGAUGUUUAAAAAGGUUGGAAAAGCAGGAAAAAAAAACCCAGUUCCUCCCUCCUGCCGCUCUUUUUCUCGUUAGCUGAACAAAAAGGCAGUUAUUCUACGCUUUUUAAGGAAAAAAAUGAUCCCAUGCAGUAGUGAAUGUGGCACCGAGCCUGUCUGUAUAUCUGGUAUCUGAAAUCAUUUUGUUUUUACUGACCAGUAUUCUGCUUAAAAUAAAAAAAAGGAAAAAAAAAUAACCCAAAAAAUAACAACAACAAAAAAAGUUUGCUUCUGUGACGGUUUUAUUGCUUAGCAGCGCACGUGGUUGUGAAAAUUUAGAGUUAGCUUCAGGACACCUAUAAAAAUGAGAAAAUGACAAAAAAGAAGAAAAGAAAAAAAAACACCCUUCGAUACCCCCCCACCCCACACCCCUCCCUGGUUAUUGACGUAAUAAUAGAUUUGUGUAUGUCUUUUAAAAAAAAAAAAAUUCCAACUCUAGUUUCACCUUACAUGUUAUAAACAGGACAAAAUGUAAAAGACGAUUUAAAGUGAAAUAAAGGUUUUAUCAGUUCGAA